AUGCCUCACUCAAAGCUUGAUCCUAUCGCCAUCGUUGGCGGAGGCCCAUGCGGGCUAACAUUCGCACGUCUUCUCGAGACGGCCGGUAUCGACUACGUCGUGUUCGAACGAGAGGUAUCAUCAGAGCCAACACCCCGUUUCCAAGGUGGCACUUUAGACCUACACUUCGGAACAGGUCAGGAAGCACUGCGUCGCGCGGGAUUAUCUGCAGAAUUCGAAAAGGUAGCCCGCCGCGAUGCAAUGACAAUGACCGUUCAGGACUUCCAGGGCAAUCACCGCACUACCUUUGGCGAGACCCGUGAUGCCCCGGAGAUUGACCGGCUGCAGCUUCGGCAGAUGCUGCUUGACUCUAUCCCCGAACACCGGAUUCGCUGGGGCAAGAUUCUCUGUUCUGUUGAGAAUAGCGGCAAGAAGUCUGGAGCCCCGAGCUGGGUCUUGCGCUUUUCUGAUGGCACAACCGAGAGUGGUUUCGGCCUCAUAGUUGGUGCCGAUGGAGCAUGGAGCCAGCUGCGCCAAAUAAUCACAUCAGCCAAGCCGCAGUAUUCGGGCAUGAUAUUCAUCGAGGGCCAUCUAUCGCACGACAAUCCGAAGUACAAAGCAGCCCUCGACAUGGUAGGCGCUGGAAAUUCUAUGGCCACUGGGGCCAAGACGAACCUCGUCGUGCAGCAAAUGGGCGAUCGAUCAUAUCGCGUAUACAUGGGCCUUGUUGCACCCGAAACGGUAACCCGCCCUGGCGGAGAAGCUGAUGUCACUGAUAUGACCAAAGCGCGUGCUGCAAUGCUUGGACCUGGUGGAUAUUUUGCCGACUGGGCCCCAGAUCUUCGGGCCUUCAUUGAAUACGCCGAGGGGCCAUGGCGGGCUUGGCCUCUUUAUCACAUGGAUUCGGAUGUUUUCUUGCCUGUGACAGGUGAGGGAGACCAGGCUUCAAGUCGAUGGGUAUCUGCUCAGGGCGCGACAUUGCUGGGCGACGCUGCACAUAUCUCCAUUCCAAAUGGUGAAGGCGUCAAUCAGGCCAUGUAUGAUGCGUUGGUGCUAUUUGACAGCGUCGUGAGAGAGCUUGGCGGGGAUAAGGCCGAGCUUGAAUCUUCUGAAGCUCAAGAGGCGGCCCUCGCCCGGGCUGUCGUUGCAUAUGAAGCUGAGAUGCUUCCCCGGGCCCGGGUAUGUAUCCUGCGUUGCCUCGAAGACAUCGAAAUGUUUUGGGGUGAAGAUGCCGCGUCUCGUAUGAUCCAGAUGUUCAAUGGGAUAGAUCAGCAGGGCAGCCAGGAGGGCAUUUCCAAGGUUGAUUAA